AUGUCUGCACCAAUGGACGAAGGCUUCCACUCCAACGACAUGGACAACUACUCGCUUCAACAGUACAGCGACUUCUCAGACAAACCUCCUUAUGGCGGUAUUGACCCUCGUCUCCUCAGCUCGCCUCAGAACACGCCUAUACUCAGUCACGAACAACCGCUCUCGCCCUUCGACUACACUGUCUUCAGCCCCCAGCCAUCCAACCCCGUCAUCUUCGACUCGUAUUUAUCUCCUCAUUCUUACGAGCCCAUGCGUCAUCAAAUGCUCGGUCAUCGUCGUAGUGUCUCCGUCCCUCCUGAAGAUCUGAUGUCCGAAAUUGUGCAACCACCUCCUGCUAUGGUAUUCCAUCGUGGUGGCACGCCAUUGGGUGACUCUAUGAGUACUGCUCAGGGAAGCGGCGGUUCGAACAGAAAGUGGCUGAAGAAAGCAGCUGCAGCUCAGAAGAGACAAAUGCAGAGGCAAUCACCAUACCCGGUGGGUGGAGGAGAAAGAAUGCCAAUCAAGAGAAGUCACACCCAGCCCGUGUUCUCUCAACAACAGCAGACUGCAAACCCUGGUCCCACGAGUGCACCUCAGCAAAUGCUCUUACCUACCGCUGCUCCUCAGCUGGCGAUGCAGAACUUCGACAUUGGUCCGUUGUCUUCGCCGCAGCUUAUCGACUACAAUGCCGUUCCUACCGGAGGAAGAAACACUGCUAUGCCCACAGAGUUGAUAGAUCUUAACUCUUUAGCUUUCGACGCAAGAAGCGAUGUUGGCACUGCUGUUCUAGGUAUGCUUGGCUUCGCAGAACGUAUCUCAAGAGAUUGCGAAGCCAUGCGCGAGUUCUUGAGAAGGGGCUUCAAGAAUGGUGAGGAAGAUGAAGUCGAAUGUGUUCGUCGAGAGAAACGCGCCAUCAAUCACAAACAUUCCUCUCUUGAGGAUGGACUUGAGAUGCUUCCACUACCAGAUGGAAAGGCCGAAGAAGAGGUCACUGUCCCUGUCACAGGUCAAGACAUCAAGGAUUUGGAUGAUGAGAAGACGAGUGCUUUGUUAGAGCUGUACGGUAUUCCUUCCUCUACAGACAUGUUCUUGCAUGAGAAGAAGCUGGCGUAUCUGCGCUUCGUUGGCGCCAGUCGUGCUCUGAUGCAUCUUGUGCUGGACUGA